AUGCACAUUCUCGCAGCAAGAAGAGAACCUAAUAAUCCACCAUCUGCACUAUCGGAGAAUUCCCGCGCUGCUCCACCGGAAAGCCACUCUCCACACCACCCGAGGAUUCCCCCGCUGCUCCACCGGAAACCCACUCUCCUCACCACCCGAAUCUCUACCGGAAUCUCCUCACCACCACCGGAAAGCCACUCUCCUCACCACCCGAAUCUCCACCGGAAAGCCACUCACUCUCAUCACCACCCGAGUCUCCACCGGAAAGCCACUCUCCUCACCACCCGAAUCUCCACCGGAAAGCCACUCACUCUCAUCACCACCCGAAUCUCCACCGGAAAGCCACUCUCCUCACCACCCGAAUCUCCACCGGAAAGCCACUCUCCGCACCACCGGAGAAUUCCUGCGCUGAUCCACCCGAAAGCCACUCUCCGCACCCCCCGAACCCAUCCUCCAGCUGCUUCGCGCACCACCCACCGUCCAAAUCCCGGCGACCACCGUCCGGCAGCCCCAUUUAAAAAAGAAAAACCUCGAUCACUGAAAAACUGA